UUUACGCUGAUAUCGAUAAGCCGAUCGGCGACCAAGCGCAUGGAAAAGAUUUGGCUUUUGUAUUUAAUUUAAUUUAAUCGGAAACUGACUGAAGUGAAGUUAAUUUCGCCAUGGAUCUCAAUGACGCAGUGCUCACCUGUGCGGUGAACAUGGAGUGGACCAAUGCGGUGGGCAUCACGGGUCGCAAACUGGCCUACAAGACUGCCACAUUGCGCCUGGUGCGGAACGAUUUGCGUGAAUUGUUUGUUGAGGUGACGCCGGAGAAACUAAAGCCCCUGAAGUUCAAGCUGAAGGAUCUGAUGGUGCACAAGAAGUUCAUGUCCGAGGGCAAGGCCACCUUCAACUUCAAGGCGGAGAAGUGCACCCUCUAUCUAUCGAAUGCACCGCCGGGGACUUUGAUGUUCUUCCUGCGGACGAUCUUCGUUAAAAUGAACGGAAACGAGGGAGGAUCCCAGCCGGACGAUGCGACCUUGCAGAAGAAACUCCGCGAGCACCUGAUGUCAGGCAAGCCAAGCAGCUUUAACGACGUUUCUCCAGUCACCACGGCCGAGAUGAUUUUGGCGCGCAAAAAGGCGGGUUUGUUGUCCAAGGGGUCAGUGACCACGCCGUCGCCCCAGGGCGCCAAAAAGCGUCGCUUCGAGGAGCUCAAGGAGGAGAAGGAACGGGGCACCAUGCCCGCGGCCAAGAAACUAUAUGCGUCGACUACCGACGAGUCGCUGAGACUCAGUGAGGAGCAAAUGGAAGUCCUGCGGGCGUGCACCUCGGGCAAGAGCGUAUUCUUCACCGGUUCAGCAGGCACUGGCAAGAGUUUCUUGCUCCGCAGGAUCAUCUCAGCCCUGCCGCCCGAUGGAACGGUGGCCACGGCCUCCACGGGAGUGGCAGCCUGCCUGAUCGGUGGGACCACCUUGCACGCCUUCGCUGGCAUAGGAGGAGGAGACGCCACCAUGCAGCGGUGUCUGGAGCUGGCUUCCCGACCCGCAAAUGCCCAGACGUGGAGGAAGUGCAAGCGGUUGAUUAUUGACGAGAUCUCCAUGGUGGACGGACAGUUCUUUGAGAAAAUUGAAGCCGUCGCACGUCACAUUCGGCGCAAUGAUCGCCCCUUUGGCGGCAUACAGCUCAUCCUGUGUGGUGACUUCUUGCAACUGCCUCCGGUCAUAAAGGGAGAUUUUGGUGCAGCCCCCACUGCCACGCCCCAGCAACGAUUCUGCUUUCAGUCCUCCGCAUGGGAGACUUGCAUCCAGUGUGUCUACGAACUGAAGCAAGUGCAUCGGCAAUCGGAUCCGGAGUUUGUAAAGAUUCUGAACCACCUCCGAAUUGGCCAUGUGAACGAUUCCAUAACCAGUCGACUUGCAGCUACAUCAAAGCAGAAAAUUGAGGGAAACGGCAUUCUGGCCACUCAACUCUGCUCCCACACAAACGAUGCGAACUCCAUUAACGAGUCCAAGCUGGAAAACCUCGAUGGCGACAAGAUUUUAUUCAAGGCUGACGACUCCGAUGCCAGCAUGACCAGGACACUGGAUCAACAGAUCCAGGCUCCAUCUCAGUUGUACCUAAAAGUUAACGCCCAAGUAAUGCUACUCAAGAAUAUAAACAUAUCCAAUGGACUGGUGAACGGAGCUCGAGGCGUCGUUGUAAGAAUGGAGAAGGAUCUGCCAGUGGUAAGGUUCAAAAACAACCAGGAAUACGUUUGCAAGCACGAAAGGUGGAUAAUAAAGACCGCCUCAGGAAACCAUAUAACACGACGCCAAGUGCCACUGAAGUUAGCCUGGGCAUUUUCCAUACACAAGAGUCAGGGACUAACCCUCGACUGCGUGGAGAUGUCCCUUUCCAAAGUAUUUGAGGCUGGACAGGCCUAUGUGGCCUUAUCCCGUGCGAAAUCCCUGCAGUCCAUUCGCAUCCUGGACUUUGACGCCAAGCAAGUGUGGGCCAAUCCACACGUGCUGCAGUUCUACAAGGGAUUCAGACGCAAGCUAAUGGACACAACCAUGAUACCAUUGGGUCCCAAAAACAAGGACAAGAAGCCAGGAGACAAGGCCGCAAAUAGCGCUCUGGCUAAGCUCAAAAAGAGUCUCAUCAACAAGCCGCUGGUCUCGAUUAGCUGAGCUCGAAAGUAAUCUAAGAUAGCGUAAUUCUAGAAAGCUUGAACAAAUUUCACUAUUGCCUAUCUAUUGGUAUCUAUUUCUAAAAGUGUAAUUUUUUCUUUUUUUAAGAAAAGCAAAUGAUUUAUGGACUGUGCAUUCCUUUUUUUAAAAAAUGAGAAAUUAUGGAACUCUUUUUGAAAUUGUCUAAAUUUUCGAAAAAGUCUGAAGAAUUACAGUGUGAGUUUUAUGAUUUAUCACUAUAUUCUGUAAACUUAUUGCAGUACGCAGGCAAAAACUUUAUUUUACUCACUGGAACAACUUAACCAAGGCUCUUAAUCUUGAGAACUAUUAGUUUUAAGCUAGUCUAUAGCCAAAAUUCUAUAUCAAACGCCAAUAUUAAUAUUUAUUUUAAGAAAAACAUGACUAAGAAUAAAUGCAACUAAUAGACAAAUGAAUUGAAACUGCUGUAGUAAUAAAUAAUUCCUAGUAGCUCUUACCUUAUAAUUUACACUGAAACAAUUGAAAGAAAG